UGUUAUAGUUAAUCUUGGUGGAAUUAAUUAAUUAAUUAAAAUUUGUAAUAGCAGAAAAGAGGAAGAUAGAAAUUAAAUUAGAAAAAGAAAGAAAAAAAGCCUAAAUAUAUUAAGUAGAAAUAAUAAAUAAAAAUGAGCUUUUUAAAAAACUUUGAUAUUUUUUCUUAACCUGUAUAAUUUAAUGCUUAUAAUUAAAAAAUAAGAAAGAGAACUUUUUGUGGAGCCUUCUUAACUAUUUCUAUAAUAAUAACUUCUCUGAUGUACUUCACCUAUUUGCUAAACCUGUUUCUUACUAAUUAAAUUGACCCAAUAUUUAGAAUGCAAAGUUUUGUUACAAAUGAUGCCAUAGACUUAACUUUAGAUAAUGAUUUUGUUGGGUUUCAGUUUUCUUACAAUUACAAGAAUGGUAAAUAUUAAAGUUUAAGCGAAAUAGAAGCUCAGUAAAAUAAGACAUAUCUAGUAUUUAUACCUCUUUUGAUAUAAUCAAAUGCAACAAGUUACAACGUUUUACCUCUAAAUUUUACAAAAUGUAAAAAUACACUUUUGGAUGGUUAUGAUUGCAUUAAUUUUGAUAAUUAUUAAAAUAUUUCAUUAAGUAUGGACAAUAGACUAAAUGUUAAAUCUUACUUAAUUAUCGCAGCUUACAGAUGCUAAGACACUGAUCCAAUAAAAACUUUUAUACCAAGUAAUUGUGCAAACUCUAGUGAAAUAGAUAAUGCCAUAAAGUAUGGAUAACAAAAUAUAAGAUUAAAGGCCUAAUAAUUUAAUACAACAUCUAAAAAGUUGUAAACAAAUUAUAGAAAUUAAUAUAUGCAUAAUCUUAUUGAUAAAGUAGGAAUAGGUUCAAUUUAAACAACUAAGCAAAUAACCACAGUAAAAUCAGGUUUUUUAAUUCAGAAUUAGGAAACAUUUUCUGGCCCAAUAUCACACAGUUUCACACAACAAACUUUAGAUAAAAUUAGUUAUAUUCAACAAACCGGAAAUAAUCUGAUUUUUAAAAUUUACAUAAGCCUUGACGAAAAUACUUAACUUUUUAGUGUUUAAUAUCCUACCUUAGCUGAUAUCUUGGCUCUUUGCAAUAGUGCUUUUAGCUUUAUGAUGAUUUUAGGUUUCUUUGCAAGAAAAAUAACUCAAAACAUGAUUCUUUAAGAGAUGUUUAUCCUCAUUUUACAAAAUAUUUAUUAGGAAACUUAUUCUAAAAUAUUAAAAUUAAACAAAUUAGUAAAUUUAGAUGCUAGGCUUAAACAAAUUUAAACAGCAAAAAAGGUAGAACAAACUUAAAAGAAAGAAGAGAAUGAUGAUGAUAAAAUAUCUGAAAAAUCUAGUCCUAUAUUUAUUCCAUUUACUUCUCCUAAGCUUGCUCAUACUUUAUUUACAAUAAAUAAUGAUUUAGUAAGUGAAGAGUAACAGUCUAGUUAAGAUUAAAAUUCUCUCUGUACUUCUUUAGAGCAAAGAAUAGAAUUAAAAAGGAAAGAAUAUACCAAUAGGAUUUAAAGUGCCAGAUUAAAUUAUAAAAAAAGAAUAAAUUCUAUCACAAAUAAGAGUACAAAAUAGAUGGUUCAGUAAAAGAAUUAAUUCAAAAUCAAUUUGUUUAAUUCAAACUAAACAACAACAGAUGUUUGUUCUUCUUUUAAUUAUUUUAGACAAUAGCAGAAAAGUACAACUUUAUAAGAAAUAUAAUAAAAAACAUAUUAAUGCAAUUAAACUAAUUAAACUGAAGCAGGCGCUUCAAAAGAUUAAAGUUUCUUAUAAGAAAUAAGUAAAAAAAUAAACGCUCUAAGCCAAAAGCUGAUUUCUCAGAAGGUACAAAGCUUUCUAUUCAAAAUAAGGCUAUGCAGGAAAAGAAAAUUUUUAGAAUCUUAAGGAUUAAGUAAAUAAAUGAUACAUGACAUAGAAGAAUAAGUAAAUGAUAGUUUAGACUAUUUUAAGAUUUACAAAGACAUUCUUAUGUUAAAGAAAGCUAUAUUCAUCCUUUUAAGUAAAGAGCAACUGGCAGCCUUACAGUUAGUUGGUUUUUCGGAUAAUUAAGCUAGAUCAUUAACAGAUCUAAAUUCUAAGAGAGACAUAUUUUCACCAAAAAUUAAAUAAAGAGACUAAAAUUAUUUCGAAGAGCAGUUUAAUUUACAAUAAUCAAACGAAAUACAAGCCUAUUAUAUUUAACAAUUUUUAUAAAAAUGCUAAAAAUAACAAAAUAUGAGCAUAGUAGAUGAAAGAUUGCUCUCUUCUUUGUAAUUAACACUUUAUGAUUGA